AUAAGAGAAUGGUAAGGAGAGAGAAAGUGUUAAGAGGGUAGAAAGGGUUGCUGACUUUUGAAGUCUUUCACAAGUCCCCACCCAACCCAAGGAAGGCAGCCACCUAUGGGAGAGAGUUGAGAGAAGAACUAUGAAAUGAAACCUCAAAACAGCUGUAUGUAAUAAUCAAACAAAGUGUGUCAGCAUAGCAAUAGCAAUUACAAUAACACAAAACUGCAAAGUCAAUAAGGGCAACCUCUGCCUUUUCGCACCCAUUGCAGACCAGACUUUCUCAACAAAACCAUAAGAGGAGACCACCCACUUCUCCUGCCCAUCUCUAAUAUAUUUUUCUGCCAAAAAUUUCAAAUUUUUGGACUGGUUGUGAAUUUUUUUAGCCUGCUGAUUAUCUGGGUGUUGGAAAGAUUUCCUUUUGCCCUCUCUUUUCUCGAGAGGAUUGUUAGAAUUGCUUGCGUCAGUGAUCGGAAUGUUUUGCUGAUAAUUCACAGUUGUUGGAGAGUUUUGGAGUUUCUUUGCCGUCAAAUAUUUGCUAAAUUUUCUGUUCUGAAGAUUUGAGAAGAGUUUGAUGUUGAGCAAUAGAAGGGGAAGGUGAGGCGGGGCAGAAUUAUUUCAUGGAUUGUUUCUGUUGCUUCCAUCAGUUGUAGGUGGUUGGAGGACGCUCUUCAUGUAGCUCCGGCAAGGGGAGGAGCCAUCUGUGGCCAGUUAAGUAUGGUUUUAGCCUAGUUAAAGGGAAAGCAAACCACCCAAUGGAGGACUAUCAUGUAGCAAAAAUUGUGAAAUGCGGAGGGCAAGAAUUAGGACUUUUUGCUAUAUAUGAUGGACACUUGGGAGACAGUGUGCCAGCCUAUUUACAAAAGCAUCUCUUUUCUAAUAUCUUGAAGGAGGAGGACUUCUGUACCGAUCCUAGAAAUUCUAUCAUUAAAGCUUACGAGACAACAGAUCAGGCCAUUCUUUCUCACAGUUCUGAUUUGGGGCGAGGAGGAUCUACUGCAGUCACUGCAAUUCUUAUUAAUAAUCAGAACUUAUGGGUCGCAAAUGUUGGAGAUUCACGAGCAGUUCUGUCAAGGAAGGGGGUGGCCAUUCAGAUGACCAUUGAUCAUGAGCCAAAUACUGAGAGGGGCUUCAUCGAGAACAAAGGAGGCUUUGUCUCAAACAUGCCAGGAGAUGUUGCAAGAGUGAAUGGGCAGCUUGCAGUUUCUCGAGCAUUUGGUGACAAAAAUCUGAAAUCACACUUGCGAUCUGAUCCUGAUGUACAUCAUUUUGAUAUUAACUCAGAUGCUGAGCUUUUGAUACUUGCUAGUGAUGGUCUUUGGAAGGUAAUGGCAAACCAAGAAGCAGUUGAUAUUGCUAGAAGGAUAAAAGAUCCACAAAAGGCAGCAAAAAAGCUAAUUGCGGAGGCAUUGGACAAAGACAGCAAGGAUGAUAUUUCGUGCAUUGUAGUUCGUUUCAAGGGUUGACUGAUAGAUGAAAAAGGGAACACAACACAACAACAAACACCACACAACUAUUCCCUAUAUUUUCUUGGUAUAUAUUUCAUAAAUCUUAGACUUCCAUUUGUUUUGAGAUCUCGUCAUAUCCAUUUUCUACAACACAGGUUUUGCUCAUUCCUCUGUAAAAUUGAACUUCUUCAAAUUAGGUCCUCCUGCCAUUUAGUUUCUCAUCAUUUGUUUUGUGUAGAUUAAUUAUUAUUACCAUAAUUUUUCUUUGUAAUUUGCAUUAUUAUUUCAUGUAGCAGUGUGAAGUUGAACAUUGUUUCUAAAUUUGAUCCAGGGAUUUAUGCGUUUGUUA